UCGGAGCUUGCGCACUGGACGUCUCCAUUGUCUGGGCAGCAGCGGCGGCGGCGGCGGCGGAGGCAAGAGGAGCGGAGCGACGAUCCGAGCGCAGGGGAGCGGCUGCACCGUGACCCCGAGCUCCGAGUGCGAGGCGACGCCCGGGCGGAGACCACCGGGGCGGACUCUGCGGAGCGACGCGACGCGCAGCGCAGCGCAGCGCGACGCACUUGCUUUUCGUCGAACGCAGACCGUCGCUGCUGGCGCUCAGACAGACAGCAACAGUUGUCACGAUGUCUGAGAUCAGAUGAGGCGCGAGCGGCGGAGUGAACAUUGCGGCGCCGCUGCGUUUGUGCCUGUGAUGACACAGCCGUCGUAAUUCGCUGGGACAGCGCGCGGAGAGCUCUCCUUCUCAGCCGCCCCCCGGUCGCGUCGAGGCGUUUCGUCUGCGGCCGAGCUGCAUCCAGACGCCGGGGCCGGCUCAUGUUCCGCUCGGCGGGGAAACGGGCUGUUGCGUCUGCGGAGAGUCACAGCUGACGAGCCUGCGGAGAACAACGCGCACAGACAGGCGGGCGGGCAGGAAGGCCGAGCGACAGGAGAACGGGGAGGGGGCGACAGCCUGCUCCGGCGCUCUCGACCCUUUGCGGAUCGAGCCGAGCCCCCUCCGGUUUGCACCCAGAACCCGCACCCGUCCGUGUCCUCCCGCUUUGCAUGGGGGGGAAGCAGAGCACGGCGGGGCGGCCCCGGGGGGCUUUUCCCGGCGUCUCCACGGAUGACAGCGCGGUGCCACCCUCGGCCCACUUCGGCCACUACCGGCCGAGCGGCACCAUGGGCCUGCGGAGCCGCUCGGUGAGCUCCGUGGCGGGGAUGGGCAUCGAGCACAGUCCCGCUGUGCCUUUCGGCUUCUACACCCCGAGGGGGACUGACACGGAUCGGUCCGGAGGCGGGUCAGGGGGCACGACGGCCGCCUCCCACGGUACCGGCUACCAGGACGGCGGGGGCGGAGGGCACCACGCGGACGGGGUGCUGUAUCUGGGGUCCCGGGGGUCGCUGGCUGACACCUUGCCCCUACACAUCGCUCCCCGCUGGUUCAGCGCACACAGCGGUUUCAAAUGUCCUGUGUGUUCCAAGUCUGUGGCAUCCAGUGAAAUGGAAGUCCACUUCAUCAUGUGUCUAAGCAAACCUCGCCUCUCCUAUAAUGAUGAUGUGUUGGCGAGGGAUGCCGGUGAGUGUGUGAUCUGUCUAGAGGAGCUGCAGCAGGGGGACACCAUAGCCAGACUGCCGUGCCUCUGCAUCUACCACAAAAGCUGUAUAGACUCGUGGUUUGAGAUUAAUCGGUCCUGCCCAGAACAUCCCUCCGACUGACCGACCAUAAGGCCCAUAAUGAAAUCUUCUCUAGGUGGGACAUCGUACAGUCCAUCCAUGGACUUCCUACAUCUGGACACAGACUCAACCAAAUCUGAUGAAACAAUCAAAGAGAUCAUCAAAUAUGUAUCCUGACGGAAUCCAUCGUCCUAACCGAGACACAAAUUAUUCCUCAUCAACUGAACCAAAAAAGUGAAACCACUGUACAUUUUACAGGCACGUCCCAAGCCCACUGAUUAUACAUCUGCUGAAGAGCCUGGUUACACAGUCCUUCCUUUUUCCCUCCUCCCAUGUGUGCAGCCUAGCAGAGUCCUUUCAUCAGGCCUCGACUCACCCUCCAGCUCAGCCAUGGUCACUUGUGUCCUUGUCUUGGUGAGAUCCUCGCAGGUUUCCAGGAGUUGGCCUUCUAUCUUGUAUCUGGAUCCAUGCCUGUCUGUUGUUCGUGUCCAGCCCUCCCAAGGCCUUAACAAGGGAGAGGAAGGGGACUGAAGGACGAAGAAGAGGACAAGGGUGAAGAUAAGGCAGGAUGAGACAAAUGGAGAAGUGUUGAGUCAUAGCGGCUGGAGAAAGACUUGUACAAUGCUCGGUGAGCCUCUCAUCUCAUCACCGGCCUCUGACUCCGUGAUGUCCUCUCAUAGCAGACGUGUCCUGGAGUGCUUCUUUCUCAUACUGGCUCAGUUCCACAUGCUUGUCAAUUUGAAUCAUAGAAAUGAAGUCAAAGGCCUCCAAAAUGCUUCUUAGAUCUGGUUUGCGCACACUUGGGCAGACAGAAAGGGACAAAGGGUGGAAAAAAACCUUGCAUAGUAGCCUGUGUUGUAUGUACAGAAUGAGGGGUGGGCUUAUCGGGGGACUUGGGGGUGGAGAGGCUUAGUUUUAGUACACUUGGUUGUGCUUAGGAGGGAGGAAAGGGUCAGCAAUAUAGUUUACGCUCCUACUGUAUAAUGUGCGUUUGGGAUGCUCCAGUGUCGGGUUUCACCUGAUAUGUGUGUGUAAACUAUGUGUUUGUGUGUGUGACUAUGUGUGUGUAAGUGAAGGGAGAGCCUGGAACAGUGAACAUAGCUUUUGAAGAAGCCCAGUGUGUGUGUGUGUUUCUGUCAGUCUAGGGAUGUGGCUGGAACAGUGCGUGUCUGUGUAUUGAAAUGUUUACAGUUGAUCCUGUGUGUGUGUGUGUGUGUGUGUGUGUGUGUGUGUGUGUGUGUGUGUGUGUGUGUGUGUGUGUGUGUGUGUGUGUGUGUGUUGCAGUCCUCCCUUUACUUUGCUGAUGUUUACAGCUACAGAGAAGCAACAUUGCAUAUUGUAAAUUACACAUGUAACCUCUCUAUCUGUUCGUUAUUUUUAGACCUGCCAGAUUUUCAUGCGAUCAUAACUUUUAAUUUUAUUUAAGAGGCUCAAGUUGAAGAGUGUGUGUGUGUGUGUGUGUGUGUGUGUGUGUGUGUGUGUGUGUGUGUGUGUGUGUGUGUGUGUGUCCAUGCAUAUGACUGUUUGCGCAUGUGCGUGAUUCAUGCUACUGUCGGUUCCCCACGCUGUGUUUCUUCUAGAGUAGGUCUGCAGGACUGUGACUGGAGAUAUGAGCCACUCAGACCUAAAAAAGGACUUUGUAGUCCCACUGUGGAUCCACUAAAUGGGGCUUAUUUAAUUAUUUGUUCAUAUUUAACAAUAUUUGUUUAAUAUUCCAAUAAUGUGGGGAGUUACUCACACUUCAGAAUGCAAAGAGGUGAUGGAUGAAGACUACUUCAACUCAACAUAAAAACAAAUUGCAAUUACAAUGCUAUUGUAAACAAAUGGUGGAAUAAAUUGUGCUAGAUGACA